AUGUCUGUCUGUUGUUUCGAAGCCCUCAGAACAUCCUCCUCCUUUCAUUCCAUCCCCUUGCAAUUACUUUCAAAACUUACAGCGCCCAGUGACGAAGUGAGAUGGAUCCAUCCACACUUGCAUUGUUGUACUACAACACGAGCAGCGGUACAAUACAUCGACCAUCUCCCGGCGCCAGUCGAAGAUGUCUCAGGUGCUCUUUCAGCCUCGGUUUGGUCAGCUGCAGCUUCCCCCAUAUCGUCAAGACUCCCCGUUUCACAUCCUUGCGAUUUAUGUAACAGUGAUCGCUUGCAGAAAGCGUUCGAAGACGCCAGACCGAGAGUCCGCCGCGUCCUUCGAUUACAAGAGACCGCAUCUGUUUGCGAUCCCAAGUGCGGUUUCCCCCGUUGGCUGAGAGAUCUAUGCUCUCUUCCUGUUGGUCGCCAUACUGACGUCUCAGGCGUUUGUGACUAUGGUUUUGAUCAGGAGCUUGGGAUGAAACAUGGCUUCAAGCACUCGUCGGCCUUUGCUGAACUGUUCUCUUGGGGAUAG